GACGUCGCUAAGGUUGCACGCCCGCCCCCAUCGGAAUAUUCCUUGAAGCAUAACCUCGUUAACUUCAGUGACGUAAAGCAAUAUUAUAGCUAAUCCUGUGUAGUGGAAAUCGAAGAGGUGACGAAGCUGCAUCGAAUCUGCUCAGUCAGAUAGAAAUAACCUUGUUAGUUGCAUUUAUUAUUCAGUGGCUGCGCUGCUAGGGGCAGGAUGGCGCCCUUUGCAGGUAAUCAUGAGGAUUACUGAUUCAUCUGAUAAUGGUAAUUUACCUUGUGACAAUGUGAAUAGUGGCUCUCACAAUAUUGCGGGUGGACAUUGGACAGAAACAACAACAGAGGAUUACAAACACACUGAUAUAAAUAAUACAAAUAGUUUUGUAUCAAACAAUAUUAUCGAUAACAUAAAUUACAAUACAGAUAACAUACACGAAAUAAAAAAACCAAAUAUAUGCCACAGGGAAUGUAACUUGAAUAAUAAUGAAAAUUCAACAGACUCCCUUAAUAUAACAAAUCUGGAGAAGGAUCGGCAAACACAAACAAAGCGUCGUAAUAAUGCUCUAGCCGAAACAUACAAUAUUCCUAAGACUCAAGUUCUUGGAGAGAGACGGUAUAUUGAGCAUUCAGAUUCAGAUGAAAUGUCUGAAAACAGAGUCCACCCAGUGCCUCGAGGAAUUGUGAAUCCUAAUUACCCGGGAUUUCAACAUUUGGCGCAUACUUUACAGGAUUAUUCUUCAAACAUUGAACAGUUCUAUCCUUCGGAUAAUGAGAUGACGGACGACGAUUUAGAUGCAGAUAUCACACCGGAAGCUACCAUCGACGUAACAGAAAAAAUUGACGACAAAAUUAUUAUUAACAACAACAACAAAAAUAACAGUUCGGUUUCAAAAAAUCCUUUCAUCAAUGAAACCACACAGCCAUGUAAGACGCAGAGCGAUAUACCCGAUUUAUUAAAAACGGUGACGCUAAACAACAACAACGAUUCCGCGCAAUACGAACUCAGUAACUGCUCAGCAACAGAUAUAGAAAAUAACUUCAGAGCGAAAGAUAUUAUCGGAGAUUUCAAUAAAGAAGUCGAAGAUGAAAUAAGACAGCUCCUGAAUUACAAUAUCAAUAUAGAGGAUGAUCUGGAGGAAUUGAGAAGAGAUAUAAAAGAUAAAUUCGCCAAACCGAUUGAAAACACUUUGAAUAAUAUAAGCGAUGUUGUUAAUCAUGUUAUAAAAAAGUUAGUCGAGAACGAAGAUUGCGACAGAAGCGACACGUCGACUCCGGACAUCAUCAUUGAUCAUGAAAUGGAGGAUGUAACAAAUGUAAGCAGGGAAAAUGAAACAAAUACGAGGGCGGAACUGUCGAUAAAUAGGCCUACAUUCUUAUUGAUUGAUAACAAAGACGUUCCAAUAUGUGACGCACUCUUAUCUGACGGUAAAGAAGAAAUAAAUAUUAAUGUCGACGAAUACGACACCGAGCAUUUGACUCAUAACGUUGAAAAUACAAUAAAGCAAUUGAGUACCGAGCUCCGGAAAAUUAUACCGAAGUUGAAUGAAAUGCGCGAAAGAGACAAACUAUGGGGUGACAGAAAAAAAGAUGUACCCAUUACAGAUGGGAACUCUAACACUCUUAUGCAAAGCUCCUCUGCAAUCACUUAUGAUACUAACAGUUGUUCACAAAAUCGUAAUGGAAACAACAGGGGAAAGGCGACGAACUUUUCAAAUACAAAUCAGCGUUCAAUUAGAGCUCAUAUUGACCCAAGAUUACGACAAAAUGCAAAGAAGUCUCAACCUAAGCUUCCGAUGAAUCUAUCCGUCCGUCAAAGUGACAACCAUGAUGAUAGCGAUUUAGAGAGUUUUGACGUUUAUAAUAUAGAAACAGCAUUGCCGAAAUUAGAUUUAGAUGCAAUUGAAAGUCAUAUAAAGGCAGCAAAAGAAGCUGAACGAAGAAAACGUAAUGACAGAGAAGAAAUUAGAAAGAGGUUGGCAAUGGGAGCCGACACUGAGGAGUAUUACAGUCUAGGACAUACUGACCGUCCAGGAAAGAAACCUAGUUUACACUCGAGACUUCAAAAUGGAAAAAAUCUCCAAAUUUGUUUCAUGAAUGAAACGGCAUCAGAUAACGAAUCUCAGGCAUCAGAUUUAGAGCACAACUUGAAUUGUAAUAGUAAUAGUUCAUCGCGAUCGAGUCUAUUUAGUAAAAACAGUUAUAACCAUCCAUAUCAGACUCGGCCAUUAUCCGUUAAUAUAACAAAACAUGAGAAAAAUCCUCCGACUGGUGCAAAGCUUCGUCCAACUUCCCUUAUGUUUAAAUCCAAGUCUCGGUCCACACAAUCUUUGGGACACAUUGAAUUGAAGGAAUCCGAUUUCUAUGCUUUGCAAGCGACUUUGCAGACUGAAGCAAGGAUAGCACUCGCUCAGGCUAAAGAGAUGGCUCGUAUACAGAUGGAGCGUGAACGUCGGUCUAGACCAGUCUCUCCGGUAACCGAGAUGCUUCGACGUAGUAUGGAGAAAGCGAACGCACCGCUCGCCGCAGACCGUCGGCGAGUCUCCAGACAUUUACUCACUGAUAUGAACAUAGCACAGCUACAGGUGAUCGUGAACGAGCUGCACUCUCAGAUAGAAUCGUUGAACGACGCGCUUGUAAAGUUUUUGAUGGCACGCGACGAACUACACAUGGGUCAGGAUUCGAUGCUCGUCGACAUUGAAGACCUCACUAGAUAUCUAUAUAUGAAGUUUGAAUACUUUGGAAACAUGAAUUGAAGACGGAUUGGUUUUUUGGGGGUAUUUUUUUUGUAGGUGUCAGAGAGCAAACUAAGAAGACAAAAGGCCAUCAGAAGUCUGGUGUGAAGAGAUUCACGUCCUUGGUCCAGAACUGAGACCACCCUGUAUAACCAACAAAUAAUGUUAUCCAUAACAUCUAUAUAAUGUAUUUGUAGACACAUUUACUCCCGAGAGAUGUUUGUACGCAACGUUCGCUGUAAUCUAUAUUUAGUGAUAUAUAAAUUGCUGAGAAAAUUAUAACCAAUAUGAAAUAAAGCAAGCGUUCAUAUAGCUUUGUAUUGUUAACAUGAUGUUCUACAAUGAGACGUCCAUAAAUAUAAAUACGAAAUGACAUAUACAGGAUGUUAGUAACUCGAGUAACAAUACAUUUGUAUCUUCACUCCAGUUUAAGCACUGAGUAUGUAACAUCCUGUAUAAUGUCAACGUUAAACGUUUCGAGUUUCGUGAGAUUAGUACAAGUUUGUUGUUCAUAUAUUUAAAAAUCAUACAUGUCUGUAUAAAGCUGUGUCGCUUUUAAAUUAAUUUCUUUUAAAAAUUCUAGUUGAUUAUAUUAAAACACGUACGUAUAUCAUUCCAAAUGUUCAAAACAUAUUAAAGGUCUUAAAAGUAACAUUUUAAUUAUAUAACGGUAUACAUUAAUGUAUAUAAGUUUUUUUGUUAGCGUUUCUCUUUGUAUAGUUGUAUAUUAAUUUGUAUGCUUAUAUGAUAGGACUGUAGCGGAUUUGUGAUUUGCAAAUUAGAUUGAUAUUUUUUCAUGAUAGUGCUCAUUUAUUAGAUUAUUAUAUAAAUUAUUAACGCCACUGUGGCUCAGACGAUACAGGGUGAACAUGGCAAGCUUGGGCCGGUUUGGGCCAGUCUCAAAUGUACAAUACACAUAUGUUAAUUUAGAUUAUAUGGUAUAUCUGUUCUGUUAAUUAGAAAAUCCUGUUUUCAUUGGUGUAAAAUGUUAUUUUUAUUAUAUUAUCUUUGAUUCGGCCCAAGUUUGUAAUUGGACAUUGAAUUUGUGACAGAAAUGAUGUUAAAACAACCAACCGUCUAUAAUGUCUAUGGUUGUGUUACAUCAGAUGUUCCAAAGAUAUUGUCUACGGCCAGCUUUCAUAUUCAAUAGUUAAAAAACUAUACCUAGUAAAUUGUAGCCAAGCACAUUACACAUAAAUUUUCAUAGUUAUUUAUACUUAGCAAAAUACUUAUAAUAUUCAAAUCUCUGGGGAAAAAAAGUCUUUUAUCGGGAUGUUACUUACUUUACAUUGUUAUUUGUUAUUCAAUAGUGUUACCUUUGAUCGGUUUGAUAUUAUUUCAGCACUUAUCACAGAUAAUAUUAUAAAAGAUACUUUGUUUGUGAAGAUAUUUGUAAAUGGAAUCAAUGCCAUCUUUGUAGUUAUAAAUAUCGUUAAGUAUACAACAUAAUCAUUGCUCUAUAUCUUGUUAUUUCUUUUCGAGAAUCUUCUAGACUUUUAGGUCAUAUUCAGAUAUUUUUAAAAAUAAUCUGCAAUCUGUGGCAGCACUCCAUUUUGGAUUUGUAUCCCAUACAAUGUAAAGCAUUUCUUGAUGGAUUUAGGCUGUAAUAAUUUUUUUUAGUAUUGCGAUCUCUUAAUAAAUAAAUUAACAGGCGAUGAUGUAGGAUCUAAUAAUAAGUCUGACCGCUACUUUGAAUUUAAUCUUUAUUAGUUCAACAUUAAGUCGAAUUUUCUUUCUUGAUAUUGUGCUGAUGAUAUUAUGAAAAUUAAAAAGAAGUCUUUAGUUUUAUUUUCCUUUGAAACCUUAGUUACCAUGAUUUGUUUGUUGUAAGAUUAAUUUUAUUCUUAUAAUUUCAAUUACGAUUCCUUAUUCUUAGUUAUUGAAUGUGUCUGGGAAAAAAAUCAAUAAAUCACAAACAAUAUCAUAAAUUAUUUAAAUUAAUAGUAACAUAACAGUUAUAUAAUGUUAUGUAAGACUUUCGCGAGUAUUCAUUUAAACAAAACAAAUAUUUUCAGAUUUACUAUUUGUUUUUUAAUUAUUUUAACUAAAUACUCCCGAUGUUUCCGUAACUUUGCAGCAGUUUUCAUCUCGUCUGCCCGUGAUAAAAAAGCUUGGUAAAUCCGAAAAUAUUAGUUUUAUUUAAAUAACAGGUAUAUAUUAUUAAAUUUAAAAUCACUAAGCGGUGAUUUUGUUACGGUUUUUCAAACUUCAAUCGAAGAAAUUAUGUAAUUUAAAUAACAUUUAAAGGUUAAAUUAAAAAUAUAUUUAUAAACAUAUACAUAUUAAGACUCACAUAAAAGGUUUUUCAUCAUGAAUACGCGGUUCUAUUCUGAAUAAAUUAUGACGCCAUUGUAAUAAAUUUAUGAUUCGUUUGACAGCUGUCAAGUUCACAUUUGUAUUGCGUUUUGAUAUAACCCGUAUUAGUUUGAAAUUUAAUUAUAAUGAAAAGUGAAAUACAGAUAUACUAUGCAUGUUUUAAUAGUUAGAUGAAUACUGCUUGCUAUAUAAGUAAGCUUGGCUUAUUGGAAAAAUUCUUACGGACAUGUGAUAAAUAACUACAUAUUGACUUCUUAAUAAAUAAAAAAGUGUUUCA